AUGUUCACAGACCAGUCACUGGGACUGCACAGUCAGUCAGCUAAAUUUGGUGAAGCGGUGAUCAGGUUCCCGUCUCUGUGAACACAUGAUACUGUCCUAGUUCCAUGUCCCUUCUCCGUCUGUCACUGAGUCCAGACUCUCAGCACUUGUUCUCUACAGCAGUCAGGACCGGAGGAACCAGAGUCAGGCCGUCUGAAGUCAACCUUGGUCCUUCAUCCGGGCUCUUUUAAAUCUUUAUCUUCUGGGGUUCUGAGAUUCUGUGAUUUUAGACCUGGUCUGGUGGAGCGGUCGUUCUGUUCUUGUGCUGUUUCUUCUGCUUCUGCUUCAGGCGGGAGAAGGGAGACCACUGAGCCGCCAUGUUCCUGGCAUUGGUGGUGACCCCGGAGCUGAGGGAGUUCCUGGCCAGAGCCAGAGGUGGAGUAGUGCGCCUCCUGAAGGUGUGCAUCCGAGACGAGCAGCUGGUGCUCGGGACCUGCAGAGAACCAGAGAAAAGCUGGGACCAGGACUAUGACCGAUUUCUGCUUCCCCUCCUGGACGACCAGGAGCCCUGCUACAUCCUGUACCGCCUUGACUCCCAGAAUGCUCAGGGCUACGAGUGGAUCUUUAUUUCCUGGUCUCCAGAUCAGUCUCCAGUGAAACAGAAGAUGCUCUACGCCGCCACUCGGGCCACACUCAAGAAGGAGUUUGGCGGCGGCCACGUGAAGUACGAGAUGUUCGGCACAGCUGAGGAGGACGUCUGUCUGCUGGGUUACCAGCACCACGUGACAUCCUGCUCAGGACCCGCCCCGCUGACAUUAGCUGAGCAGGAGCUCCAGAGGAUCAAAAUCACUGAGGGACGAGUGAAACAGGUGAACACGGAGAUCAGCGUGGACUGCAUGCACCAGACACUUCAGGGCCUGGCCUUCCCUCUGCAGGAGUCAGCCAAGAGAGCCCUCCAGCAGCUGGCUCAAAGGCACGUCAACUACGUCCAGCUGCGGCUGGAUGUGGAGAAGGAGAUCAUCGAGCUGGUCCAUUCCAACCCGACAGAAAUCGUAGAUUUGCCCCGCAGAGUUCCCAAAGACACUCCCAGAUACCACUUCUUCCUCUACAAACACUCCCACGAAGGAGACUGCCUGGAAUCAGUCGUGUUCAUCUACUCCAUGCCUGGAUACAGCUGCAGCAUCAAGGAACGAAUGCUCUACUCCAGCUGCAAGAGUCGCCUCCUGGAGGAGGUGGAGAGAGACUACGGUCUGGAAGUAGCUAAAAAGUUGGAGAUCGACGAUGGAGAUGAACUGACGCAGCAGUUUCUCUACGACGAGGUCCACCCCAAGCAGCACGCUCUCAAACAGGCCUUCGCCAAACCGAGGGGCCCGGCCGGGAAGAGGGGACACAAACGCCUCAUCAAGGGCACAGGAGAGAGCCUGCAGAAGAGCUAGAGCUGAACCCAGGACCUCCUGGCAGCUCCUCGCAUUUCUCCUGCUCUUCUCACUAACACGUCGUCAGGACGGAGGAGAGAACACCCACACACACACACACACACACACACACACACUCACUCACACACACACUCUGUCUGUCUGCUGAAACACUCUGUUAAAACCCAUGUCUUCAUGUCAGACGAACGCGUUAACUGCGGCGGUGAUUGUCAAAAUAUUCAGAGUAAAUGGAGUGAAGGAGUCGGGAUGAAAGUGUUCCGUGUUUCCCACUGACCGCAGGAUAAAUCACAUCUUUACAACAUGACUUAAAUGACAUAAAUGUCACGGCUCCGGCUCUCGUGUUCUGCGUUCGAUAAAUGUUCAACAGCGUUUGUAGGAAAAUUACACCCUGAAACAAAACAAAAUAAAAUCUUGUGUUUAUACUAUGACAUCAGACCUCUUAAAAAAUGUUUUUUUUAUAUAUCCAAUCACGUAAUGUUUACAUCCUGGAAAUGUUAAGAGCUACAAAAAUGUUAUGGUUUCCUUCCACCGAUGUGUUCGUCAAAGACAAAUGCACUGAAUAAAUUUAAAAUUACUGAAAUCAAAAUCAAACUCUUAUAUUUGGACGUUUGUCUUUGGAAUAUUAAGCCUUUCUUUUACAUCAUAUCUUAUCUCAGCUAACAGGAACUAGCCUAGUGCUAAUCUUCAGAAAAAAUGACGCAGUGGCCCAAAUAUGUUCAGAAAGAUCUGAGAGGCUUCUAAAUAGCUUGUAGCUAAGCUAACCAAAAGCUAAAGGUCACUUGAGAUUUAAGAGCAGAGCUAGUCCAGAACAGAGUUUGGUCCAGAGUUGAGGUGAAAGUAACGUAAAAAUUAGCACAGCCUUGAUGUUCCUUACGUUAAAAAGAUGUAAUAAUUAAAGAUAACGACAACGGGAGUUUAACGGACCAGACGUCCUUUAGGUUCAAGAAGUGGACUGUGUUUUACUCUAAUGGAGAACAGUGGAAAAUUACAUUUCAGAAAAGGAGCAAAACACUGACACCAGGUGGACAGUGUCUCAGGACUUUGGACAUGACUGUUAGAAAUCAAAUAUUUAAAUGUUUAACUGAAUUGGUCAGCUGUGUUACUGAAGGUAACUGAACUAACUAGUUGGUCUGACGCUGACUCUGUCUUCUGAGGACAGUUUAAUAAAGAAAACCUGGACUACAGUAGUCCUCGCUGGUGAACCAGGGUCAGGGGUCAGGGGUCAGGAUCCUGUCCUGGAGGAAAGUUUUCUGCCCUGAGGAGAAUAACAACGUUGCUCGGUGGUUGUGCGGCGGUUGUGCGGUGGUUGUGCGGCUGUAACCACUUAACAAAGAGCUGCUCUUGAAAAGUAUAUUCUUUCGACAUAGAACGGAUGAAUUCAUACCUCUGCUUCCAGUCACGACUCUUCUUAGAAGCUCUAGGAAAGUUCUGUGAACUUUCCUAGAGCUUCUAAGAAAACAGCAGGUUUUGAUUUUGUCCCGUUAGUGAGACCUCGGUGAGUUCUGGGGAAGUCGUGCCACUUAAAGAUUCAGAAGUUAAAUAUACCACAGAUACCAGCGCUGACACUGGUGGAGCAUGUGGUGUCGGUGCGUGAGUGCAGCCACAGAGAUUAAGGAAAAAGUCACAGCUUGGAA